CCAGUGCACAGCCUGCAAGGGGCCUGUGGCAGGGAGCAGUGGUGGAGGGUAAAGGAAGAGAUGAAUGGUGAUGGGGUCCACUUCUUUACGGACAACCAGAAGGUCUUCCUGCGCCUCCGAGGGAUGGACUCUGUGGCAGGGGCUCCUGCAGCAUCCAGGAGGCCAAGGCUUGUUCAGACCAUCCUGGCAGUUGUGGCUGUGACUCUUGUCUCCUCUCUGGUGGCUCUCUUUGUUGUGGUUCUACAGAAGCCAAGACCUCCACUGGAGCCCUAUGCCUCCUUCCAGGAGUUUCCAGCCAUGAUUCCUGGAGAUGACAACACAACUGGACAGUUACCUGUGGAACCCCACAAUCCCCACCGCUCUGACCGGGUGGCACGGUUGCAAGAGACUAUCCAGAUGUUUAAAAGCCAUGAAGAGAAUUCCAGCACCUGGAUCACUGAGAUCCAGAUGUUGACUUGCAGAGUGGACAGUGUCAGUUCUCAGAUCCAGGUGCUCCGUGGUCACCUGGAAAACACCAGUGCUGACAUCCAGAGGGUAAAGGACAUUCUAGAGGACGCCAGUACCUUGAGUUUCCAAACCCAGAUGUUGAGGAGCUCCGUGGAGGGGGCUGGUAUGGAUCUCCGGAAGCUGAAAGGAGAUCUGGAAAAGGCAAAUGCUUCGAAUUCCCAGACUCACAGUUUCUUAAAAAGCAGUUUAGAAAAUGCCAGCCUCGGGCUCCACAUGCUGAGCAGAGGCUUAGGAAAUGCCAAUGCUGAGAUUGCGAUAUUGAAAGCAGGGCUGAAAAUGGCAAAUGCCCAGGCCCGGUGGGCGAACAGCAGUCUAAAGAAUGCUAAUGCUCAGAUUCAAGUUCUGAGCGGCCAACUGGCUGGUGUCCAGGAGUUAAGAGCCCAGAGUCAGGUUUUAAGAAGCAGUUUGGAAGGAGCCAGUGCUGAGCUCCAGAGGGUCAAGGGAAGCCUACAAAAUGCCAGUGCUUUAAACUCCCAGACGCAGACUCUUCUAAGAGGCAGUUUAGACAACACCAGCGCUGAGAUCCAGUUACUAAAAGGUCAUUCCAAAUGGGCUGGUGAUGAGAUUCACUUGUUAAAAAGAGAUUUGGAAACUGUUACUGCCCAGACCCAAGUGACCAGCAACAGUCUAAAGCAGACAGAUGCUCAGAUCCAGUUAUUAAAAACAGAGCUUGAAAAUGCCAGUGCCCUAGAUCCCAAGAUUGAGGUACUAGGUGUGUAUUUGAAAAAUGCCAGCAGCGAGAUACAGACCCUAAAACAAGCGAUGAAGACUGCUGCAGCCUUAGGUUCCAAGAUCCAGAGGCUGGAGAGCAAUCUGCAGAAGGCCAGCGCUGAGAUCCGGCAGUUAAAAGUGGAUUUAGAGAACACCAAAACACUAACUACGAAAAUCCAGGAGGAGCAGAGUCGCCUGGAGGCAGUCCGUGUGGCCCUUGGCUCCCAGGAGCAGCUACAGAGGACCCAAAAUCAACUUCUUCAGCUGAUCCUGCAGGGCUGGCAUGUCUGCGGCGGGAGCGUGUAUUACUUUUCUCACGUCAAGAAGUCUUGGCACGAGGCUGAGCAGUUCUGUGUGUCCCAGGGAGCCCACCUGGCCUCGGUGACUUCUGAGGAGGAGCAGGCAUUUCUGGUAAAGUUCACGAGUACCUCUCACCACUGGAUUGGCCUCACUGACAGCGGCGAGGAGGGCUCCUGGCGCUGGGUGGAUGGGACACCAUUCAAUGCCGCCCAGAGCAGAGCGUUUUGGGGCAGAAACCAGCCAGACAACUGGCAGUCCUGGGAUGGGCAGACUGAAGACUGUGUUCAUAUUGAGCAGAAGUGGAAUGACAUUCGCUGUGACACCCCCUAUAACUGGGUCUGUAAGAAGCCCAUCAGCCAACAUGUGGCCUGAGACAUGCCAGAUCUGAGGGGUCACCGUCGCUGCCAGCUCUGGACCCUCCCCACCUGAUGCCUGUGAACCUCUGAACCCAGCUUAUUCUCUGGGUCUUUCCAUUUGGCCUUUUGUGUUUCCUGCUCUGUCCUUCCAUUUAACCCCUGAAAUGUGUUUAUCAUACAUAACCUGGUGGGAUCAAGGGCUCCUCAAGGCCAAAGGCUUGCUGU